UAAAAUGGCGGAGCUCAAGGAAGAGGACAUCGGGCAACUACACCAGGAGGACGCCGAUGGAAAAGGUAACGGGGACAUGCAGACUGUAUCUGGAGCUGCUGAGGACGCAAACGGACAGUCUUGUGCCACAGCUGCUCCGUCUUGCGACACUGUGCAGGUAGAGGGCAGCGAUGGGCAGGCGGCUGUCAACGUUGGUCCUGCGCCUGAGAGGCACAUUUCCAUCCAGACCACAUUGGAAGGCUUGGAGAAGCUGGUGGAUUUAAAUGGAGCGGGGAGGAAGUCGUGUCCGCUGUGCCCAGAGGAGAAGUUUAAGGCCUGCUACAGCCACAAGCUCAGACGACACCUGCAGAACCUUCACUGGAAGGUUUACGUGGAGUUUGAAGGUCAGAAGAUGUGCAUCUGCCACUUGCCCUGUCGUCAACAUCGUCCCAGUCCCGGGACAGAACAGUCUCCAGGGCGUCUGGUGGCCCACUACCACUGUGUGGUGUGUUCGGUGACAAUAGCCCGGAAGACAGACAUGAUCAGCCAUCUAAAACGCCACAUCAACAAGGGAGAGACGGAGGCCAGCUACACACAGAACACAGACAUGCUUGAGCAGGAGCCUGUGCAUGCAGGGCAGGCCUAUGAGAUCAUGAAGGAGUUGGGCACUAACGUUCAGCUGAUGCCCAACCACUCCACACCGCAGAAGAGUGACACCUACUUCAACCGCAAGAUGAAGACCAACCGGCAACUUGUGUUCUGCGCUCUUGCUGUUUUAGCAGAGGAGAGGAGUCCAUUGGAGUGUUUGGAUGCAUUUGGAGCCACAGGCAUCAUGGGCCUGCAGUGGGCCAAGCACCUGCGCGGGGCGGUCAAGGUCAUCAUCAAUGACCUCAGCGAUACGUGCGUGAAGAUGAUCAAGGAGAACUGCCAGCUCAACAACAUCCGUGUGGAGGGCUCUAGGACUCCGCGGCCGCUCGACGCUGCGUCGGGAGACGCACCAGACGCUCCCAUCGCUACCGUGGAGGUGUCCAAGAUGGACGCCAACGUCCUCAUGCACAUGCGGCCCUUUGACUACAUACACUUGGAUCCCUUUGGCACAUCGGUGAACUACCUGGACGCGGCAUUCCGGAAUGUGCGGAAUCUGGGCAUCGUCUCGGUGACGUCCACAGACACAGGCUCGCUGUACUCCAAGUCCCUCAACGUCACGCUGCGACACUACGGCUGCCAGAUCGUCCGCACCGAGUACUACAGAGAGCUGGCAGCACGAAUGGUGGUGGCCUCAGUGGCAAGGGCGGCUGCUCGCUGCAAUAAAGGCGUGGAGGUACUGCUGGCGGUGGCGGUGGAGCACUUUGUGCUGGUGGUGGUGCGGGUGCUGAGGGGUCCGGCCCAGGCGGACGAGGCAGCCAAGAGGCUACGCCAGCUGCUGCACUGCCAGUGGUGCGAGGAGAGAGUCUUCAUCAGGCCCGGCAGCAUGGUGGAGGACAGCCUGUACAGGCAGCUGCCGUGCCAGUGCCAUGGGAGUAUGCCAGGCAAGACGGCUGUGGAGCUGGGGCCCCUGUGGUCUGGCCCGCUGUUCAACACAGGUUUCCUUCGUCGCAUGCUGGUGGCUGCGGUGAAGCACAGCAUGGAGGACCUGCAGCCUCUACUGAAGACUCUCAUCUGUGAAGCGGACUGCACCACUGUCAAGGCCCUCUCCGUCACGGGCACACCGGGACUCGGGAACCAGGUGGAGUGUGGCGUGGUCAUCAAGACCCAACAGAAGGGGGAGGGGUCCGAGACAUCAGACCAAUCAGGCAAGAGGAAGCCGGGGGAGGACUCUGGCAGUGUGGUGAAGAAGCUGAAGACUGAAGCGUCUCUAGACCACCCGCCCUUCUACUACAGCAUCCACAGGCACAGCAUACGCGGAAUGAACAUGCCCAAGCUGAAUAAGUUCCUGCAGUACCUAACGGAGGCCGGCUUCAGGGUGAGCCGCACACACUUUGACCCCACGGGCGUGCGCACGGAUGCCACCCUGGAGCAGUUCAAGUCGGUGUUGACCAAAUACAGCGCGCCCACCUACAGCAACGCCCAGGCCGCCAGCCAGAGCAUGCCCGUCACCACGCAGACAGAGACGGGCAGAGCGGGCAACUGAUGCCCUGUUUACACAACCCUGAUCCAAAGAGUCCUUCCCUUCCUUCCUUCUUUCCUUCCUUCCUUCCCCCCACUCCAUGUUAACCCAAUCAACGGGUACGUCCAAAAUGUUCACUCAUGCACUACAUCAGGGAUGUCAAACUCAGGCCAGGGGGCCAAAACUGGGCCACAGAGUCAUGCUUUUGGCCCAUGAAAUCAUUUCAAAUGUGUACAUACACAUAGACAAUUAAUGUAUAGCGUAACAAGUCCUGAACAUGAAAUUUGGUGUGUCACAGGAAUAUGAGUGGGCCCAGGCCAAUGAAACAGCUCACACUCAUAUGCAACACAAUAUGUGCAGGCACAUUUGAACGACCAUAUACUGUAUGGGAAAAAGUGUGUGAAAUUCAACUGUUAUUAAGUACAUGCACGCACAAUUUUUACAUUUUUAAAAAAUAAAUAUUGACUUUGGCCCACGACUUUGUUUCAAAUUUUGACUUUGGCCCUCAAUUACUGUGAGUAUUGACACUCUUGCAUUACAAAUUGCACGCGAAGAAGUAGUAGAUAGAUACUCUACUCAAUGCUGGACUCUACUACAUCAUAGGGCAAGUUAAACCGUGUUAUUACCGACAUAGUGUGCAAUGUAGUGAAGUGGAGUGAACGUUUUGGACAAGGCCCUGCUCUUCUGCCGGUGGAAGGGCACCUGACUGCACUGAGUUUACUUCCGGUUUACGCUUUGAAUGCUGGGAGUUUUAGCUUCUUUUCCUUUAAUCUUUCUUUUUUUAAUUUAAAUUAUCAUUGCGUUUGUUAGUAUGAACAAAGUAUCAGUAUCUGUAUUUUGCAAUGCUUCAGUCAUUUCAUUUUCUUGCUUUCACAGUUAUCCAAACAAAAUAAGAAACCUGAGAAGCGCGUUUCUGUUUCUGAAGCAUUGCACUGAAUGUGGGAGAGAGUAUUACACAGAGACACUGAUUGUUCUAUAAUAUUUCAAGGCUUAGACUGCCUGCGCUCCUGUCCUGAUGUCUGAAACCAUGCUGAGUGGACAUACUAAAAAAAGUCUACUACUGAUGAACAUUUUAUUUUUUUAAUCUGUGACGUUUCAAAUCAGUCUAUCAUUAUUUAUAUGAAUUAUUAACAGUAGAAAAUACAUCUCACGGCAGUGUGAGUGAGAAAACUGACUGUCUGAAGGUUUCUUAACUAGUUUUGGAAUAACUUAAACUUUAAAGGCAAUAAACAGCAUAAAACCC